AUGAAUAACAAUAAUAGUGCACGUUCCAGUCGCGUUGGAAGUGCCGCGAGCACUGAAACCAGCAAUCUUGUUUUGCAUCGAUUAAUUGUGAAUGGAUUUGUAAAUGUGAAUAUAUCCACAAUUGAGCGACGAUUUGGUUUGCGUUCCCGGCAAACUGGACUCGUGGCCAGUGGCUACGAUUUGGCCUCCUUUGUGUGUCUGGUUCCCGUGACAUAUUACGGCGGAAGGAGAGGUGCAUCCAAGCCGUGCUUUAUAGCCAUAGGUCUACUGUUGUUGGGACUUGGAUCAUUGAUAUUCUCGUUGCCGCAUUUUCUGGUUGGCAGCUAUCGAGCAACGAUAGCCGAGGCAAACAAUUGUGAUCAGGAGUCGGGCAGAUUGACAAAUCAAACGAUGCAGGCUUGCCAUGAGGCAGCUGAGGAUUUCGAUGUGGGCGAGAGUCUAACUUGGACGGUCUGGUUGUUCUUUGCGGCUCAACUUUUGCAUGGAGCUGGCGCCUCGCCGUUGUUUACGCUGGGCGUGACAUAUCUGGAUGAGAAUGUAUCCACAAAGAUGUCAUCUGUUUACUUGGGUAUUUACUAUACGAUGGCCAUAAUUGGACCAGCUGUUGGCUACGUUCUUGGCGGCCAAUUGCUGCUCAUUUAUACGGACUUUGUAACCGUGGAUGCGGCUGAUUUAAGCCUGACAAGUGACAGCAAAGUGUGGAUUGGAGCCUGGUGGAUUGGUUUUGUGUUUGCUGCCAUGGUCUGCGUUCUUAUAGCCAUACCUAUAUUUGGUUACCCCAAAUCUCUGCCUGGCGCAGAGAAACUGCAAUUGUCCAAAGUAUCCGAAGCGCAUGCCACCAAGAAAACGGCAGAAAUCACAACGAAAUCGGAAAAGGAAACUGUGACAAGUAAAAAGGAGAAAAGAAGGCGUCUUGGAGAACUUCCACUUGCGGUGUUGACUCUCUUCAAGAAUCCCACAUUCUUCUUUCUUAACUUGGCCGGGGCAACGGAGGGUUUGGUCAUUGCCGGAUUUGCCGCUUUUCUGCCGAAACAAAUUGAAAAUCAGUUUAGCAUUUCUCCAGUAAUUUCCGCUCUAUUGAUGGGACUAAUCACAGUGCCCGCAGGCGGAGGUGGCACCUUUCUGGGCGGUUACUUGGUCAAGAAGUUGAACUUGGCUUGUGGCGGCAUCAUUAAAAUGUGUUUGUUGGUCACUGUGGUGGCCACCUUCUUCACCAGCUGCUUUCUGGUUUCGUGCCCCAAUGCGGAGUUUGCCGGAGUCACCACAGCGUAUUCCCAUUCCCAGGACAAGAGCGGACUGGCCAUUUCUCUAGAGGAUUCCUGCAAUACUAAUUGUGGCUGCAGUCGCACCAACUAUGAUCCAAUUUGUGGCGCCAAUGGGGUGAUGUACUACAGUCCCUGCUUUGCUGGCUGUCGACAGGAGGAGCAGCUGGACACCUUGAAGAUCUAUCGCAAUUGCAGUUGCAUUGAGGACUCUUUAAUCCUGCCUGAAGCCACCAAUGUGAUGUGUGAAUCCAAGUGCCAAAGUCUGCCCUAUUUUGUGGGUCUCUGUUUUGUACUGAUGCUCUUCACAUUUUUGGCCACAAUGCCUGCUCUGUCGGCUACACUUAGAUGUGUGCAGGAUGAACAGCGUUCCUUUGCCUUGGGUUUGCAGUGGAUCAAGGUGCGUUUGAUGGGCACAAUUCCUGCUCCUUUAAUCUUUGGCGCCCUCAUCGACGAGUCGUGCGUGCUGUGGCACGAAUCCUGCGAUGAUCAAGCUGGCGGUGCUUGCUUAGUCUAUGAUAAUUUCUACAUAAGCCGCUACAUGUGGUUACUGGCUUUAAUUGGAAAACUCUGCUCUGUUUUGUUUUUCUUUGGCGCCUGGUGGUUCUAUGUGCCACCAAGCGAAACAUUAAAUGCCAAAGAGGAAGCAGAUACUUAAAAUAAACUAUAAUUAAGCGACUGAAAUAAACUAAGCGACACUGCCGAUUGAUUCUACAUUUGUAAACAGUCAAUUUUGGCUUAAUUUUCCAUAUUGAAAAUGGUCUCAUUAAUUAUGGUAUUGUAAUUUUAUGUCUAUUUUAAUCGGUAAAUAGUUAAGUAUACUAUAAGC